UGCUGGAGUGCAAUGGCGGCGCACCGGGGAUCGUCGAUGAAGUGGUUUUUUACCCGGGAGCAGCUGGAAACGACGCCGUCACGCCGAUGCGGAGUAGAGCCGGACAGGGAGUUGUCUUAUCGACAACAGGCUGCAAAUCUCAUUCAGGACAUGGGACAGAGGCUGAACGUCUCUCAACUCACGAUAAAUACUGCAAUUGUUUACAUGCACAGAUUUUAUAUGUACCACUCAUUCACCAAAUUUCACAGAAAUAUCAUCUCUCCAACUACAUUAUUCCUGGCUGCAAAAGUUGAGGAGCAACCACGAAAACUUGAACAUGUCAUUAAAGUGGCACAUGCCUGUCUAAACCCUCAAGAGCCUCCAUUAGAUACAAAGAGUAAUGCGUACCUCCAGCAAGCCCAAGAGCUGGUGAUACUUGAAACCAUAGUGCUACAGACUUUAGGCUUUGAAAUAACUAUUGAGCAUCCUCAUACUGAUGUUGUGAAAUGUUCCCAGCUAGUGCGAGCAAGCAAGGAUCUGGCACAGACUUCCUAUUUCAUGGCUACCAACAGUCUCCACCUCACCACCUUCUGUCUGCAGUACAAGCCCACCGUCAUCGCCUGCGUCUGCAUCCACCUGGCAUGCAAAUGGUCAAACUGGGAGAUCCCUGUGUCCACCGAUGGCAAACACUGGUGGGAGUAUGUGGAUAGCUCAGUCACCCUCGAGCUGCUGGAUGAACUGACACAUGAGUUUCUUCAGAUUUUGGAAAAGACACCUAGUAGAUUGAAGAGGAUUCGGAAUUGGAGGGCAACGCAAGCCGCCAAGAAACCAAAAGGUGAUGGUCAGCCAUCGGAUAACAGCUCCUUGGGGUGCCCUUCGGCCAUAAUCCAUGACCAGUCCAUGAUGGACGCCAUUCCUGGCAUGUCUGCCAACGCCACCUUCCUCAAAGCCUCUGCGUCAUUCCCAGUCACCCUGCCUGGCAACCUGGGUGGCUCCCUUUGCCUUGACUCCGUAGCCAAUUUGCAGGGCACCUCCUAUGCCCUCAGUGGCCCCGGUGACUGGCCCCAGGAUCAAGGGCAGCGCUUGGACCCGUACUCCUCCAAGCAGCUGCCCUCGCUGCAUGCACUUCGGCCGGACAGAGGCAUCGAGUUCAAUCCGGUCAAACAUGAACAGAAAGGUAACAGCGGUGGGAAGCACACGGCUCCCUCCUGUCUACCGCCGCCUACGCCUGCAUCUGCACCUCCCACCCAGAAGAUGUCACUGGAGAGGUACAAGGAGAAGCAUGCAGCAGAGCUGGCAGCACAGAAGCGCAGACAGGAGCAGCAGCAGCAGGGCACAGACGCCCUCGACAUGCAUGCAGGCUCUGCACAGGCUGAGCAUCGCAAGCACCCCCAGGCCCACACUUAUGGGCAGCAGGGCUCCAGCAGUGCCGGACCCUCCUCCACCGCCUCUCCUCUUAAGGUGAAGCUACCCCUGCUGGCCCAGGACAAGCCCCAGGGGGAAAAGCGGGACAAGGGGAGCUCGUUAAAACUCCGCCUCCCCAUCCCCGCCCCAGGCGAGAAAGGUUCAUCCAGUAGAGAGGAGCUGAAGAUGAAGAUCAAGGUGUCCUCCGAGCGACAUGGCUCAUCCGAUGAGAGCGGUGGCAAGAGCAAGCGUCCGAGUCUGCCGCUGAGCAAGGAGCGGCACAGGGACCACUCAGCCCACCGACACUUCCACGCACACGGUGGCAACGGGCGCAGCGCACCUGAAGCGCCCUCGCCCGCCGCUGCCCUCCGCAGCCCACCAGGCCUCAGUGGAGAGGGGCCAUCUGGAUCAUCACGCAAGAGGACACACGGCGACUCGGGUCAUAACCACCACUCGAAAAAGAGCAAAAGCUCCCGGAACAGUGCAGGUAGUCCCUCUCAUUGUUCCUCUGUACAGCAGUGUGUGUCGUCUCCCAGCUCUGAUCUUAAUCCUCCCUUCCCCUCUCCUCCCCCUGUCACACACCAGGUGGGCUUCGGACAGCUCAGCACCCUGGCGAGACUGGGCAGGAGGCCAGUGGGGAGUCGCGGGCCUGAGGAGGCCGCUUGGACCCCUGGUACUAUUGGCCUGCGCACAGACUACAAAGACUCUUUUGAUAUGCUUGAUUCGCUGUUAAGUGCCCAAGGAAUAAACUUAUAGAACCUACAGACAAGAAAAUGGGAGAGAAGCAAAACGUAAAUCAAUAAAUAAAAGAAUUCUUGGGUCUCAUCCUCACAAAGAAGGAAAAAAAAUGAAUGUGAGCGAGAGAUUAAGAGGACACGAAAAAACAAUAAUAAAAUGCUUCCCGAUCUUCUGAUCUCUUGGCAGUUCAGUUCAGUCCUGCCCAUUUCUGUAUGUGUAAAAUUGCUGCUUAGUCCUCCAUAUUUCCAAAUGGAUUGUGUGUGUGUGUGUGUGUGUGUGUGUGUGUGUGUGUGUGUGUGUGUGUGUGUGUGUGUGUGUGUGUG